AUGGCGUCGUCUUCAAAUCCUUAUCAACAUUUUAAUCAACAGCAUAUGGAGGAAGAUGAUGAUUUGAUUGAUCCGGAUGAUGAUGAUCUCGAUGAUCCCCUCAAUACCACAACAUCCCGAACACCAUUAACAGGAAAUAUCCAAACCACGCAAUCCACCUCUCAAUCAAAUCAAAAUUAUCUCACUUCCCGAAUCCCCGGUGAAGAUCGUCGAGCCCCAACAAACACACUCGAUGAAUCAGUUUGGGAAACUCUCUCUCGAGAUCUCUCAGCCAUCUGGUCCAAAAUGCGCGAAGUUCUAUACCCAAAAUACCUAUUUGGUGGAUCGAUGAUUGAUUCCCACGGUUUACGAGGAGCUUAUUCACAAUUUCGAGAAAAUGGUAUACAAGGCGCAAGAGAAGAAUUGAGGGGUAUGAUUGGAAGAGUUACGGAUGUGGAAGGUCUUACACAGGGUAAUGCAAUGAGUGAGGGAUUGAGAGAUUGGGAUUUAUGGGGUCCGUUGGUUUUUUGUUUGGGCUUGUCUUUGUUGUUGAGUUUUAGGGCGAGAGGUGAUCAGAUGAGUAAGGUUUUUAGUGGGGUUUUUGCUAUGGUUUGGUUGGGUGAGGCGGUGGUUACGGUGCAGAUUAAGUUAUUGGGGGGGAAUAUUUCCUUCGCCCAAUCCGUUUGCAUAAUAGGUUACACACUCUUCCCACUUGUUAUCGCCGCUCUCCUCAGCGCUCUAGGUCUUCAUCCCAUUCCUCGAAUUCCUAUAUACAUAGUAUUAGUAGGAUGGAGUAUGGCAGCAGGUAUUAGUAUAUUAGGUGGUAGUGGAGUUGUGAAAAAUCGAGUAGGAUUGGCGGUUUUUCCUUUAGCAGGCGGGGGGAGGUAUCUUGAGAGGGAAGGGAGGGAAGAAAGGGAGAAAGGAAGAAAGAGAAAAAGUACGGAUUUUUAUGAGCUUCUUCUACAUUUGUCUAUCCUAUAG